AUGACUUCUUCUCAUGAACAAGAUCCAGAGAUCCUCCCUGACGCCGAAGAAGAAUCACCCAAUCUCCUCGACGAUUCUCCUGUUAUCCUGGAACAGGAUCCUAUUGAUCAAACCCUACCAAUAUUCAAUGACGCAGCUUUUAAAAUCUCUGCUAUGUGGCGACGAUGA